AUGGCCUUCCCUGUGCCUCCCCUCCUCCUCCUCGCUGCUCUGCUCGUGGUCGCCGCCACGCGGCUGUGGGAUUACGUCUUGGUGCCCCUCGUAUGGAGGCCGUACGCCAUCACCAAGGGGUUCAGAGAGCAAGGGAUCCAUGGACCCUCCUACAGCUUCUUCAAAGGCUGCAACGAGGAGACCAGGAGCAUGAAGCAGAAGACCGACGGUCUCGUGCUGGACGUCGCCGACCACAAGUACCUCCCGCGGAUCGCGCCACACUACCUCAAAUGGAGGGCUCAGUACGGUAAAGAGCCACGCAGUGAAAGAAGACAAAAGGAGCAGUAA